UAUAAGGACUGUGGAGGCUGGUGCAGUCUACAGUAUCUGGACCGGACCGAGGCGGGUAGGAAACAUUUUGUCAAGGCGGAGGAGAUGGGGGACAAAGAGAAAAAGGAGAAGGAUAAAGAUCCUUCCAAGAGCGACAGGGUCACUCUGAAAAAGGAAAUUGGACUUAUGAGCGCCUGCGCUAUUAUCAUCGGUAACAUUAUCGGGUCUGGGAUUUUCAUCUCUCCUAAAGGAGUAUUAGAGCAUGCAGGCUCCGUGGGGCUUUCACUCAUCGUCUGGAUGUUGGGAGGUGGGAUCUGCACCCUGGGGUCCAUGUGCUAUGCUGAGCUAGGUGUCACCAUCCCAAAGUCUGGAGGGGACUAUUCAUAUGUGACAGAAAUCUUUGGAGGCCUAGUGGGCUUCCUGUUGUUAUGGAGUGCUGUCCUCAUCAUGUAUCCAACUACACUGGCUGUCAUCGCCCUCACCUUCUCCAAUUACGUCUUACAGCCAGCUUUUCAGAACUGCCUUCCUCCUUACAUCGCCACCAGACUCCUCGCCACCAUCUGUAUCUUAUUCCUGACCUGGGUCAACUGUUCCAGUGUGCGUUGGGCGACGAGAAUCCAGGAUGUUUUCACUGUAGGGAAACUCCUCGCUCUGGCCCUUAUCAUUGUGGUAGGAUUGGUUCAAAUCUGCAGAGGACACUACGAUGCUCUGCGGCCGAGUGUGGCCUUUGAGUUCAGCGGAGAUCCCUCAGUGGGUCAGAUAGCGCUAGCCUUCCUCCAGGCCUCUUUUGCUUACAGCGGCUGGAACUUUCUCAACUAUGUCACAGAGGAGGUUGUGGAGCCAAGAAAGAACCUGCCCCGUGCCAUCUACAUCUCCAUUCCACUGGUGACACUGGUGUACACUAUGACCAACAUCGCCUACUUCUCAUCCAUGACCCCAGAGGAGCUGUUGGCCUCUAAUGCUGUAGCAGUGACAUUUGGGGAGAAGCUGCUGGGGAUUUUUUCCUGGGUGAUGCCGAUCUCCGUAGCACUGUCCACAUUUGGAGGAAUCAACGGCUAUCUUUUUACCUCCUCCAGAUUGUGUUUCUCAGGGGCCAGAGAAGGACACCUUCCCUAUCUGCUCGCUAUGAUUCACCUAAAGAACUGCACUCCUAUCCCUGCCCUGUUAGUCUGUUGUAUAGCCACCAUAAUCAUCUUGUGUAUUGGGGAGACACACAACCUGAUCAACUACGUGUCCUUUAUCAACUAUCUGUCCUAUGGGGUAACCAUCGCUGGCCUCCUCUACCUUCGCAAGAAAAGACCCCACCUGCACAGACCCAUCAAGGUCAACAUGUUGAUCCCGAUCAGCUACCUGAUUUUCUGGGCUGUGCUGCUGUGCUUCAGUUUGUACUCUGAGCCGGUGGUCUGUGGUCUGGGAAUGGUGAUCAUGCUGACGGGAGUUCCUGUCUACUUCAUUGGUGUUCAUUGGAAGAACAAACCCAAAUGGAUCUACAGAGUCGUGGAAAGAGUCACAUAUAUGGGCCAGAAGCUGUGUUUUGUGGUAUUUCCUCAGGAAGACCCCUCAGAGACUGAACCCCUCACUGCCUCCAAAGUCAACGACUGAGCAGUACCAAGCAGGAAUCCCCUUUUUACAACAACACCUGUACUUCCAUUUUUUUUUUUUUUUUUUUUUUUUUGCAUCGUUUGGACAGUUUCUGAAUAGAUGGUCGUGCACAUGUUCACGUAUAGGUGCACCCUGAACAGGGCUGUGAUCAAGUCGCAGCAUAAAAGAAGAGGAUGGGUACUUGGGGCAUUAGCAUGUUAAGUCCUGAAAGUAGGACCUGAUUUAAUUUGUUGGUUUUACCGUCGUACUGCCCAUCCCUUCUCGUCACCAGCAUGCCAAGUCUUUUCUUCCAUUUCUAGUUCUCGCUCCUUUUCAUGGAACUGUCUUAUCACCGUCAGGUUCACUUCCAAGAUGACUAUGACUAUAACUAAAUCCUUGUGCUAAUGUGCCUUAUGAAAUGUAUGUGUUGCUUUUUUUGUAUUGGUUUGUGCGGGUAUUUUGAGUGUGUAAUAACGUUUAUGGAGUAAAUAUGCAAGCAGUUUCUGCACUUAGCACUACUUCUCUAUUACAGCUGCUACCUUCAGCUUUGUUUCACUAAUUACUUACAUGAUGUUGACAGACCGUCGACUGCGGAUGUGUUUUUUUCUGUUUUUUUUUUUUUUUUCUUUUUCUGUCUGUGUCUCUGCCAAGCUUCAGUAUCGGGCCAUUCCUUCUUAUUUUACCCCAUCUGUCUUUGCUAUUUUUGUAUUAUGCCAGUACUGUCUCCAGAGAGACACUAGGUGCCUUCACAUUAUAAAUAGACAGGUGAUCUACACAACGUACUCAGAAGUAUUUACAACAUAGAAGUGACAGGAGGAUGAAGGGAAAUUUGUGCCUGUCAGCUGGAAGAACGGCUAACUCUCUCCUAAAUGAAUAAGCUGCAUGGUUACAAACCACCUGGCUGAUCUUCCACAGUUUUAAUGUUCUACAAUCUUUGUCAUUGAGUCAAAUCUCUCUAUCUUCUGUUUAGUUUUGGAAAUGUUGUCAUCUCUGGGAAUGCCACUGUGAACUCUCUCAAGGUGCUCAAACCUGCCAAGACAGUUAUUAGACUUCCCAACUGACGUUAAAGUACAGCACUAAGCACGAUGAAAACAAGCAGGUCGGAGCUUGGACCGAAUGUUCAGUCCUAUUCUCUCACCCUGUGGAUGCUGGGUAAUUUAACCCCCACAUUAAAACAAGGCGCACACUUUAGACAACUCUGUUUGUCUGUCUACCAUGUCCAGGCGCUGUUAGCUCAGUUGAGAUAUGUAAAUAGUGUGUAAAGACAAAAAAAAAAAAACUGUUACAAAAGCGCCAGAGACUCCUACAAAGACCACAUUCCUCAGAUGUGUUGUGAUACAUUGACAUACUGUACAACUGAUGGGUGUACAUCUGUGUUUUGUUAAAAAAUGUGUGAAGCUGUACAAAGAUAACAAUGUAAUAGCUUAUUAAAUAUAGCAACUUCUUGAGAACAUC